AUGGCACCUAUCCGCCAGAAAGCCUCCGGUUCGCGUCGCCAGACCCCGAUUGUUCGUGAUUCCGGUAAAGGCACCUCCUCCAAACUAAGCUACAACGCCACGCCCCUUGCUCCAAGCUCUAAGGACUCGCGCAACGCUGAGCGACGGUUCCUCGCUGAGCUUCCCUGGCAUCCUUUCAUCAAUGGGAUCAUGGAUGCCUUCGAUGAUGACCGCAAUUUGUACCUCAUGCUCGAGCUGGCCCCCUGUGAGUCGCUGCAUAAGUACUUGAGGAGGAAGCGGGACCCCAUCCCCAGUGCCCAUGCGCGCUUCUACUUCUCGAACAUCGUCCUUGGCCUCGAGUUCCUGCACUCUCGAGAUAUUGUGCAUCGCGACUUAAAGCCGGGGAACAUCCUCAUGGGUGCAGACGGGUAUCUGAUGAUCGGUGAUUUUGGGUGCGCCACGCACAUAUCAGAGGGCGGCCGAUGGCAGGGUAUUGGCACGCGGUUCUACAUGGCGCCUGAGGUCAACUCGGCGGUACGCACGACACCGGAGGCGUGCCACUUUAUCGAUUGGUGGGCUGCAGCAGUCAUCCUCUACGAGAUGGUCACGGAUAGACAUCCUUUCAAAGGCCCUGAGCACGAGCAGGUCUAUGCUCAGUGUUUGGUGCAUAAUAUCCAGUGGCCAGCAGGACACAAGGCCAACCAGGACCUGAAGGAUCUUGUGGAAAGGAUGCUCAUCCCUGACCCUGCGGAGCGUUAUGGCUGCAUGGUCCUGAAGGGGGAGCAUGAUGAGGUGGGUAAGAACGACGAAGUCCGCAUCCACCCAUUCUGCUAUGGGAAGGUCAACUGGAAGAAGAUCAUGGAGCGACGGCAGCUGGUGAGUGCAGCUCCUCUACUGCUAUGUCGUGCGUGCCGUUGA